CGAUAAAAUUCAAUUUAACUUUUGUAUUCAUGAGAAAACAUCUACUAAAUAAUACCAAAAGGAUAUUAAAUAACUGAUAAAGGAUAAAGGCAACAGAAUCAACCUUCUGUAAAGCAAACAAACUGAAAUAACAGAAAACAAGAAGAAAAAAAUCUAUCACAACAACAUAAAUCCACACAAAUAUUUAUGUCCUUACGUUUGUAUGCAGAUAUGUGUGUGUCGGCGUCUAUGGAAACGUAGCUUAGAAUCCUUUUUGUAUAAAAUAAAAACACACAAUAACAGAAAAACAAAACAACAAAAAAAUAUAAACUGUUUGAACAAAUAAAAAUCAUAAUAAAAAAUACUCCAAAGGCAGUAUUAAAAAAACAAUGGGUGAAAAUCAAAUUUCUGGCAGUGCACAUUCCACUGCCAGUUCCAUAGCUGCCAUUCUACAAAACGUAUUAACAACGACAACAACAACAAGUUCCAAUUUAGUUGCCGGCGGAAUCGGUACGGCGGAAUCAGAUGGAACGGAAGCUCCGCCCGACCCCUUCGUAAAGCUUCGCAGACAAUGUUACGAGCGCUUAAACAAAACAGCAACGAAUUACGUUGCAGGAAAACUCUGUCCUGGCACAUUUGAUGGUUGGCUUUGUUGGCCGGAUACAGCUGCUGGCACUUCCGCUUACGAACCUUGUCCGGAUUUCAUAAUAGGUUUCGAUCCAUUAAGGUAUGCACACAAAGAGUGUGAUGAGGACGGAGAAUGGUUUAAGCAUCCACUAACAAACAAAACCUGGUCCAAUUAUACAACCUGUGUAAAUCUGGAUGAUUUAGAGUGGAAGCACAGCAUUAAUCUUAUAUCUGAAGUGGGCUAUUGUAUAUCAUUAAUAGCAAUAUUACUAUCUCUAGCGAUAUUGGGAUAUUUCAAGUAA